GAUGCCGCUGCGCUCACUUCCUUCCCCUUUGGAGGAAUCGUUGUCUCAUCCGUUUGUGCGAUCUUUCUCCUAGCCCUCAUGCUCUUGUCAUGCCGCGGCAGGAACCAAGAGGUGAUAGGAGCAGGCCGUGCGGUGCUGAUAACGGGCUGUGACACCGGAUUCGGUCAUCAACUGGCCCGCAGGCUGGACGCUCAGGGGUUUGUGGUCUUCGCCGGUUGUCUGUUUCCCAACGGAGACGGUGCCCAAACUCUGCACAGAGAGAGCUCCAGCAAUAUGAACAUUCUCAAGCUAGACGUCACUAAAGAUGAAGAUGUGACACAGGCAAGGACUGUGGUCCAAUCGAACCUGCCAGAGAAAGGGCUUUGGGCAGUUGUGAACAAUGCUGGCAUCUUAGACUGGUCAGAGACAGAGUGGAACACCAUUGAUGAUUAUCGCAAUAUGGCUGAGGUCAAUUUAUUUGGCAGCAUCAGGACCUCCAUAGCUUUCCUCCCAUUGGUUCGUGCCUCAAAAGGACGGAUGGUGUACGUCUCAAGCAUCUUUGCCUUCUUCAACUGUCUGACCAUGGGGGCCUACAGUAUGUCAAAGAGAGGACUGGAGGCGUUUGCAGACUGCCUACGGGUAGAGAUGGAGUGUUUUGGAGUAAAGGUGAGCAUCAUCCAGCCGGGUAACUUUGGCCCUGCUACCAGCAUCCUGAGGCGGAGAACAGGGACAGAAAUCUGGGAGAAACUGGACGAGGCGCGUCAACAGAUCUUCAACAGACAGUAUGUGGACCUGGCUAAUAACUACCACAUGUCUACAUGUAUGACUGGCAACCAGGACAGCAGCCUGGUCGUAGACGCUAUGGUGGAAGCCCUCACAGCAGACAGACCUAAACGCAGAUAUCUGUUGGUCUCUAUGCUGGAUAUGUUGUUCUUCUAUGCCUUUCCCUAUCUGCCGACAUGCGCCACUGAUGCAGUUUUCUACCUCAGUCCCAUGUACAACAAAAGAAAAGCAAUGCUUUAUUCCAAAUAGAGAAUAUCGCUAUUAUGCUGGAGUGACAGUAGAGAAAGUGUAUGGCUUUGUGUUAUGUUGUAAUGUACAAUAUUUUGACAUUGCGCUUCUCACUUAUUCUGUGUUGCAAACUUGCACGUGUCCCAAAUUCUAUGGAAAAUGUAUGCAUUCCUUCCCACCAACAAUACAUUCGGGAAGAAUAGAAGAUGUUCGGGAUGUUACUAAGAGGAUUCAAUGGCAUGUUACUGUGUCUUGCAGCUGCUUGCCUCACUCAUAACCACAAAAUUACAUAUUUACCUGAUUUGUUUUAUAUUAAUAGUUAGGAAUUGAUACAUAACAAAUAGGAGGAUAUUUCGGUCCUGUUAGUGUCUGUGUUUUUAUGGUCUCCCCUCUAGUUUCCUGCAGAUAAUCUGGGCGUAUGGUCACCAGAGAUGGCUUGAGCUGACAAUUUAGUUAGACUGCCUUACAUAGACAAGAUGUGGUGGGUCUAACCGAGAUGGAGAUAGCCAGGAGGAGUUUAGAACAAUUCCUCAUUGUCUCUAAAUAAUCUAAGCCAGGGCGGGCUAAAGACAACAACCCACGUGCAGAUAACGGCAGGAUGAACCCAGAGUGGUUUGAUGCUCCUUGGUUUGCAUGAGGGGGGUUGAACCAACCAUGACAGAGCAUUGUUAGUGUCAGCUACAUAUAGUACUCUGCAUUUGUGUAAAGGUUAGGUUACUCGG